UCGCUGUCUACUUCCGGGGCGCAGGUGACGUAGCGGUCGCAUCUCUUCCAGCUGCGACUCCGGGAGGACCUGGAGGCCUCUGCCGCGUACUUGCUCCUCUGCUUUCCCCCGUGUCGGCUAGCAGCACCGCCAUGAACAAGAAGAAGAAGCCGUUCCUGGGCAUGCCUGCGCCACUGGGCUACGUGCCCGGGCUCGGCCGAGGUGCCACUGGCUUCACCACCCGGUCAGACAUUGGGCCUGCCCGGGAUGCAAAUGACCCCGUGGAUGACCGUCAUGCCCCACCAGGCAAGAGAACGGUGGGGGACCAGAUGAAGAAGAACCAGGCUGCUGAUGACGAUGAUGAGGAUCUGAACGAUACCAACUAUGAUGAGUUUAAUGGCUAUGCUGGGAGCCUCUUUUCAAGCGGGCCUUAUGAGAAGGAUGACGAGGAAGCAGAUGCUAUUUAUGCCGCCCUGGAUAAAAGGAUGGAUGAAAGAAGAAAAGAAAGAAGAGAACAAAGAGAAAAAGAAGAAAUUGAGAAAUACCGAAUGGAACGUCCCAAAAUCCAGCAACAGUUUUCAGAUCUCAAGAGGAAGUUGGCAGAGGUCACAGAAGAAGAAUGGCUGAGCAUUCCAGAGGUUGGCGAUGCCAGAAACAAACGUCAGCGGAAUCCGCGCUAUGAGAAGCUGACCCCUGUUCCUGAUAGUUUCUUUGCCAAGCAUUUACAGACUGGAGAGAACCACACUUCUGUGGAUCCCCGACAAACUCAAUUUGGAGGUCUGAACACACCCUACCCGGGUGGCCUGAACACUCCAUACCCAGGUGGAAUGACCCCAGGAUUGAUGACACCUGGGACGGGGGAGCUGGACAUGAGGAAGAUUGGCCAAGCACGGAAUACCCUGAUGGACAUGAGGCUUAGCCAGGUAUCUGACUCAGUGAGUGGGCAGACCGUUGUGGACCCCAAAGGAUAUCUGACAGAUCUAAAUUCUAUGAUCCCAACCCAUGGAGGGGACAUAAAUGAUAUCAAGAAGGCACGACUACUUCUCAAAUCUGUUCGAGAAACAAACCCUCAUCACCCACCAGCUUGGAUUGCGUCAGCUCGCCUGGAAGAAGUCACUGGAAAGCUACAAGUGGCUCGGAACCUUAUUAUGAAAGGGACAGAGAUGUGCCCCAAGAGUGAAGAUGUCUGGCUAGAAGCAGCUAGGUUACAGCCUGGGGACACAGCCAAGGCUGUGGUGGCACAAGCUGUCCGCCAUCUCCCACAGUCUGUUAGGAUUUACAUUAGAGCAGCAGAGCUGGAAACAGACAUUCGAGCAAAGAAGCGUGUUCUCCGGAAAGCCCUUGAGCAUGUUCCAAACUCUGUUCGAUUGUGGAAAGCAGCUGUUGAGCUCGAAGAGCCUGAAGAUGCUAGAAUCAUGCUGAGCCGAGCGGUGGAAUGCUGUCCCACCAGUGUAGAGCUUUGGCUUGCUUUGGCAAGGCUGGAAACUUAUGAAAAUGCUCGCAAAGUCUUAAAUAAAGCACGUGAGAACAUUCCUACAGACCGGCACAUCUGGAUCACAGCUGCCAAGCUUGAGGAGGCCAAUGGGAACACUCAGAUGGUGGAGAAGAUCAUUGACCGAGCUAUCACCUCCCUGCGGGCUAACGGUGUGGAGAUCAAUCGGGAGCAGUGGAUCCAGGAUGCUGAGGAGUGCGACAGGGCAGGGAGCGUGGCCACGUGCCAGGCAGUCAUGCGUGCUGUAAUCGGUAUUGGGAUUGAGGAGGAAGACCGCAAACAUACCUGGAUGGAAGAUGCUGACAGUUGUGUGGCCCACAAUGCCCUGGAGUGUGCACGCGCCAUCUACGCCUACGCCCUGCAAGUCUUCCCUAGCAAGAAGAGUGUGUGGCUGCGAGCUGCGUACUUCGAGAAGAACCAUGGGACCAGGGAGUCUCUGGAAGCGCUCCUGCAGAGGGCUGUGGCCCACUGCCCCAAGGCAGAGGUGCUGUGGCUAAUGGGUGCCAAGUCAAAGUGGCUGGCGGGGGAUGUGCCUGCAGCAAGGAGCAUCCUGGCCCUGGCCUUUCAGGCCAACCCCAACAGCGAAGAGAUCUGGCUGGCGGCCGUGAAGCUGGAGUCGGAGAACAAUGAGUACGAGCGAGCCCGGAGGCUGCUGGCCAAGGCCCGGAGCAGCGCGCCCACGGCCCGCGUGUUCAUGAAGUCCGUGAAGCUGGAGUGGGUGUUGGGGAACAUCACGGCUGCCCAGGAGCUAUGUGAGGAGGCUCUGAGGCACUACGAAGACUUCCCCAAGCUGUGGAUGAUGAAGGGGCAGAUUGAGGAGCAGGGUGAACUGAUGGAGAAAGCCCGGGAGGCCUAUAACCAGGGGCUGAAGAAAUGCCCUCACUCCACACCACUGUGGCUCCUGCUCUCCCGGCUAGAGGAAAAGAUUGGGCAGCUGACUCGUGCUCGGGCCAUUUUAGAGAAGUCUCGUCUAAAAAACCCAAAGAACCCUGGGCUGUGGUUGGAAUCUGUGCGGCUGGAGUACCGGGCAGGGCUGAAGAACAUUGCCAACACGCUCAUGGCCAAGGCUCUGCAGGAGUGCCCCAAUUCUGGUAUCCUGUGGUCUGAAGCGGUCUUCCUUGAGGCAAGGCCCCAGAGGAAGACCAAGAGUGUGGAUGCCCUGAAGAAGUGUGAACAUGACCCGCAUGUGCUUUUAGCUGUGGCUAAGCUGUUCUGGAGUGAACGAAAGAUCACCAAAGCCCGGGAGUGGUUCCAUCGCACUGUGAAGAUUGACUCAGAUCUGGGGGAUGCCUGGGCCUUCUUCUACAAAUUUGAACUGCAGCAUGGCACUGAGGAGCAGCAGGAGGAAGUGAGGAAACGCUGUGAAAAUGCAGAGCCCAGGCAUGGAGAGCUGUGGUGUGCUGUGUCCAAGGACAUCACCAACUGGCAGAGAAAGAUUGGGGAAAUCCUAGUGCUGGUGGCUGCCCGCAUCAAGAACACCUUCUGAUAGCAGGGGCCGCAAGCACAUACCU